UACGAUGUUACCACUUAUUCAUUCGAUAAUAAUAUUUCAUUGGAUUUUUAUAUUGUUUUUCUAAGGCAAGGGAUAAUGUUUUUAAUUUGCUCAUACACCUGCCACCCUGCAAAAACUUAAUUUCAGCAAAAGUGUAAAUAUUUUAAAAUAAAUUUAAACCGAGUAGUGAUUAUGUCAUGCCUCGUGAUAAGAAUAUCCGUGGAAAACCCGACUCUGGCGAAUGAGGAAAAAAUGGUGGAAUAUAACUGAACAUUUUUUUCCUUAUUUACUUUCCGCAUUUACUGAGAAAGAGAAGUUAAUCUAAUUGCAGAGCUGGGGGUAAGAAAAGGGGCUCGGAUGAACUCACGAGCUCAGUUUGUUCUUGAGGAUUAUUCACAACUGUUUAGCCAUGAAAAUAUAUCUCGUAGUACCACUCCUCGUAAUCAUCUGUAUUUUUGUAGUAUCUGCUACACCAAGAGUGACAAUUAAAAAUGGAACUUUAGAAGGGUCUGUCCUACAAUCGCGGAAGGGCAGAGAUUUUUUGGCUUUCAGAGGAAUUCCUUAUGCCCGUCCACCUAUAGGAGAAUUACGUUUCCAGGCCCCUGAACCAGCCACAUCUUGGACUGGAGUUCGCUCAGCCAAGACUGAUGGAUCGGUAUGCGUUCAACGAAAUUACGAUAAUCCGAAUUUGAGAUCAACUGGCUCAGAAGAUUGUCUCUUCAUUAAUGUUUACACUCCGCAAUUGCCAAGAAGGAAUAAGAGGCAUGCUUCUAAUAAUUAUGCUGUCAUGGUAUGGUCCCAUGGCGGGGGUGUCGAUGGUUCCAGUCAUUCUUUACUCUAUGGACCAAAAUUCUUACUCGAUCAUGACAUUGUUCUCGUCACCAUGAAUUACAGGCUGGGUCCAUUGGGUCUUUUGAGCACAGCAGAUAGCGUUAUCCCCGGAAAUGCCGGCUUGAAAGAUCAUGUUCAGGCACUCCGGUGGGUUCAAGAAAAUAUUGGGGCAUUUGGCGGUGAUCCGGCGAAAGUAACAAUUUUUGGAGAAAGUUUCGGGGCUUCAAACGUGCAUUUACUUACUUUAAGUCCGCUGGCAAGAGGACUUUUCCACCAAGUGAUUAGCCAGAGUGGCACGGCCAUAAAUCAAUGGCCAUAUCAUACAGCGAAAUCAGCGAGAGAGAAUGCCCAUCGUCUUGCCAGAGAACUCAAUUGCUCUACUGAUACUUCGCAAGACCUUCUUCAAUGCCUCCGCACAAAAGAUGCCGGUGACGUAAUGAUGCAGCCUUCAGAUUGGCCGAUCUUCAAUGGAGGGCCCGAUCUACCAUUUCGUGCAGUGAUAGAAUUUUCAAAUCCGGGGGCAUUUUUGACAGAUGAGCCUGGAAAAUUGAUGGAACGCGGAGAAUUUGCUGAUGUGGCAUGGCUGAAUGGUGUCAAUGCUAAUGAAGGAGCCCUUGCUGCUGGCGCACUUUAUGCAUCCCCUAAUCAAACCAAUGUCAGACGUUUGAAUAACGAAUUUACGGAGCUUGCGCCCUUAGCCAAUGGAUUGGACAGAGACUGUUCAACAUCACUUCUCGAUGAUAUUACAAGAAGAAUGCGUCAAUUUUACUUUGGUGACAGGCAAAUUGAUGAUUCCACCAGGAUGAACGUAGUUGAUAUGAUUUCUGACUCAGUGUUCAAAUUCGCUAGCGCCACGGCCGCAAAAUUACAUCGGCAAAGUGCAAAGAGUCCAGUAUAUUUCUAUCAAUUUGCAUACAGGGGCACCUUGAGCUACUCCGCUUUUUCUGACCCCUCAAGAGACUAUGGUGUCUCGCACGCUGAUGAACUCUUAUAUCUCUUCCCAGUUCAUGAAGUUCUAUUUCCUACUGGUGCAAUGAGUCAGAGAGACUUACAAAUGAUUGAUGUGAUGACAACUUUAUGGACUAAUUUUGCGAGAUUUGGCAAGCCGGUUCCCUGUGUGUCAUCAAUACUUCCCGCCCAAUGGAAAUCCGUAAAAACUGAUGCACUCGAGAUGUUCUCUAUCGAAAGUCCUACGAGUAUGAAGAUGGUAAAAGAUGUUUUCAAAGAUAUGAUUAAUCUGUGGUCAAGUUUUCGCUGUCGUGCUGGGCUUUCACGUACAGCAAAUUUGAUAAGGCAAUCCAAGCCAGUCUGGGGUCUUAGCAAUAAGGAAAGUGCUUUGUGUAUAAAAGUAACUGCACGUAGCUCAGUGACUCAGUUUAUCUGGAGAAUAAUUUCGUCUGAAUUGAACAUGCAUAUUUUUUCAAGAAAUUUGCUUUUGGUACUGAUUCCAUUAUGGAUUUCAAUAAUUUCUGCUGCACCCAGAGUAAGAAUUAGCGAUGGAAUACUAGAAGGAUCUAUUCUGCGAUCGAGAAAGGGGAGAGCGAUCAAUGCCUUUAGGGGAAUUCCCUACGCUCGCUCUCCAGUAGGAAUCUUGCGAUUCCAGUCACCCCGACCCCCGACGCCCUGGACCGGGGUUCGCCUUGCUAAGCGUGAAAGAGAUAGUUGUCUUCAGAAAAUUGAUAAUUCCCCUAAUAUGACGACCCUAGGUUCCGAAGACUGUCUUUACAUAAAUGUGUACACCCCGAAUUUACCAGAGCCUAUGGAAAUAAAUGCUUCACGCUACGCUGUCAUGGUUUGGUUUUAUGGUGGAAGUUGGGUGUCGGGUAACUCAUCUAUGUAUGGGCCGACAUACCUCCUUGAUCAUGACAUUGUUCUCGUUACCAUGAACUACAGGUUGGGGCCUCUCGGGUUUCUGAGUACAGCAGACAGAACGAUCCCAGGAAAUUACGGUUUGAAGGACCACGUACAAGCCCUCCGCUGGGUUAAACGAAAUAUUGCAGUAUUUGGUGGUAAUCCAAAUAAAGUGACAAUAAUGGGUGAGAGUGCUGGAGCCAUCAGUGUGUAUUAUCUCAUGUUGAGUCCACUCGCUAAAGGACUCUUCCAUCAGGCCAUUUCUCAGAGUGGCACUGCUCUUAACCCUUCGACAUUCAGUACAGCUACAAUGGGACGUGAAAAUGCUCAUCGUCUUGGUAGGGAGCUCAAUUGUCCCACUGAUUCCUCCCAAAAACUUCUCCGAUGUUUGCGGACAAAAGAUCCCAGAGAAAUAACCGCUAUUCCGGGAACAUGGCCAGCACUUGAUUAUUUAUUAAUUGCAUUCCGCCCGAUUGCCGAACCGCGACAUAUUGGCGCUUUUCUAACUGACGGCCCAAAUGAAUUAUCGAAACGUCACGCCUUCGCAAACGUUCCUUGGUUGACCGGGGUUAAUUCCGCAGAGGGAUCUCUCUUUGCAGAUAAUAUUUAUGGUAAAAAUGCGAUGAUCGAUUAUGCGGCGUUGAAUGACCAUUUUGUAGAAAUCUUUCCAUUACUUUUUGGGUACACCACUGGUUGUUCCAACGCAUCCAGAACGGAAACGUCACGAAGAAUCCGAGAAUUUUACUUUGACGAUAGAAAAAUCGAUAUAUCAACAAUCCAGAAUGUAGUGAAUAUGACUUCUGAUGGGGCAUUCAUUUUUGGCAGCGCAACUUCUGUGCAGGAGCGUGUCCAUGCAGUGAGCCCGGUUUAUUACUAUUAUUUUGCUUAUAAUGGAGAUGUGAAGAAUGUUACAAUUAGCAAAAAUCCUCAGAGGAAUUAUGGUGUCGGUCAUGGUGAAGAACUUAUGUAUCUAUUCCCAGUCAAUCAAAUUAUUUUCCCCAGUGGUACAAUGAGUGACAGUGACUUUCAGAUGGUUGAUGCGAUGACAACUUUAUGGACCAAUUUUGCGAGAUUUGGCAAACCGGUACCUGAACGGACGUCACAGCUUCCCGUCCUUUGGGAGCCUGCCAGCACCAAUUCACUUGAGAACUUCAUCAUUACGAGUCCCACAAACUUUGAGAUGUCCAAAGAUAUGUUUAAAAACGUGCUCAACCUGUGGUCUAACUUCCCCUGUCGGGCUGGCCUGUCUUCAUUAAACAGACGGCGUAACACUUAGAUUAACUAUAUAAAACCUGUACCUGAGCCUAUACCAAUGCUUUCCAUAAAAUGAGAGACUGCUACGACCGGUUCCUUCUAGAAUAUCAUCAUUCCAACUCCUACAAGCCUGAAAACCUCCAAAAUAAAACAAUCAUUUGAGCAUACGACAAA